CCUCCCCGUAGAAAGAAAAAAAAAACAGAGUCCCCCGUCCCACCGCCAUUUCUCCGUCGCCCCUGUUUUUUUGGCUUCUCCAUCCUCCGACACAUGAGAGAAGGAGCCGAACUAUCGUGGGUGAGAAUCAAUUGCCAGAGCCAAGUCUGUUCCCGCCCCAGAUUACGAUGGACACCCCAGAUUUGUCGUCCCCGCCGCACGCCGACGCGUCCAGGCCUUCCCUCGGCUUCCCCCUGGGAACUGCUCUGCUCCUCAUCGUCAUCUUCAGCUUGAGCGGCAUCUUCUCCUGCUGCUACCACUGGGACAAGCUCAGUUCCCUCCGCCGCGGAUUCUCCGACGACCCCGCCGGCGACGACGACCAGGAUCGGGACGUUGAAGCUCUCCCCUUCAAACCCAACCUUCCCCGCUUGGAUGUGAAGCAGAAACAGGGGGAGAGCGUGCCGGUGGUGAUGCCCGGAGAUCAAAUAGCCAGGUUCAUAGCACUGCCGUGCCCGUGCCAGCCGGCCAGAGCGGAGAGAGUGGCGGUGCCAGCGGAGAAGCCUCCUCCUAAGCCGCCGCGGAUUGCGGUGCCUCUGUAUUAACGAACCGCCGCCCAUUACUACUAUUAUUAUUUAAUUACUCUUUUCUUGUAAAUUUUUUUUUAUAUAAUAUAACGCUUAAUUUAAUUUAGUUCUUGAUCGAGUUGGGUGAAUUGCAAUUUUGGUUGGAUUAGAAAAAAUCUGAUUCUUCUACUCUGGCUUUCUUGCUCGGGUGAUUCUGGUAACAAUGGGGGUAAGCUGCAGGUAAAUGUCCCAACUCAAGAAACUUACAGCUAUCAUCGCGCCUUAAUCGAAUCUUGCAAAGGCAGUAAUUUAAUUCAAUAGAGUUGCAAAAAGGGAAAUAAAGUUGGAACUAAAAACUAAACAAACAAAUAAAGAGGUAAAGUUAGAAGAUUCUGGAGACGUGAGUUUUGGUGGGCGGAAAGAGGGAUUUGUUGAUCUGAUGUCCAGAAAGUGACCGGGUUACUCUCCACUUUUAACUGCGGCAAAGCUGAGGCGGUAAUUAAUUAAGUGGGAAAUUUGGAUUCUUUGUUUUUGGAGAUGAAUGAAGCUACGAAGGGAAAGGCAAAGCUUUCAAUUUCAUUGCAGCAUGCAAAAAAGUCGAAGCAAAGUAGUCGCUGCCGCUCCUCUACGGGCGGUUCAGAGCGGUGCCGCCUUGGCAGUGUGUAGGGACGGUAACAUCGGUAUGAACGAAAAUGGGAACGGAGACAUCCGCCGUUCGGUGAAGGGUCGGUUGCAUUUGUGUUUCAAUUAGUUGGUAAAUGAUUUUAAGAGGGCUUAAAUUUAAUGAAUCAAAUUAGAAAAAUUAUCUAAUGUUCUGUAUCUUCUUACUUAAAUCGAAAAUUUUGAUACAAAUAUAAUUAGUUCAUUAUGAUCUACAAAAUGAUAUUAUUUUGUUAUAUUUAGAGAAAAAAGCAAUUUAUAAAAUUUGAUAUAAUCAUCAAAGACAAAUUAAAAAAAAAUCCCUUUGGGAUGGUAAAUGUUGGUUGGUAUAAUCCUAUUAUCAGAAUUCCUACAAUGUAUUAUAUUCGUAUCACCAUGAUACACUUUCAAACUGUUAUAGUAUAAUUUUUUAUACCAAUAAAAAUUUACCAUCAUGGUAUAGACCAGGGGCGGAUACAUGGGCCUCUAGGGGUGUCCCGGGACACCCCUAAAAUUUGGGGAAGGGACACCCCUAAAAAUUUGGGGAAACAUCCAACCUCCGAUAAUAAUUUCGUAUGGGUAUACAAAAUAUAAUUAGUAAUCCGGAACACCCUAACAUUUGAUAAAAAUGAUUAUCCUACCCUCGAUAAUAGUUUGUUUAUGAUUAACAAAAUAUAAGUGGUAGUCCGUGUUAUUCCAACCUAGGACACGACUAUUAUCAAACAUAUUCUAAUUAUGUUGCUACUCAUUUGUUAUUCUAUUUUAAACAUCAUGCAACAGUAAAACGCUAUUUCUUUA